UGGUUGUCCUGACAUCACAUUCUAGUGGAAGCUACGUAGCUGGACAAUAUUCGUCGACUACUAAACACAAAGAGGAUGUGAUGUCAGAUUGUCAGGACAACCUGCUCACAUUCAUGUGUUGCAUGCCAGAACAAUAUAUCUAUAAAAGAGGUUAGAGUCUCCACCAUAUUAGUUCCAACUCCUUCAGCCUGCUAAAUUAUUCUAAUAUGAAUUCAUUGGCCUCUCAAUUUGGAGCCUCCUCCUCUUCUUCUUCCACCCAUUCGUGGACAUAUGAUGUGUUUUUGAGCUUUAGAGGGAAGGAUACACGCUACAAUUUUACAGACCACUUGCAUAGCAAUUUGGUUCAGAAGGGAAUUAAAACCUUUAUAGAUGACGAGAUCACCAGAGGAGAAGAAAUAUCACCAGCACUUCUCAAAGCAAUUGAGGAGUCGAGGAUUUCUAUCAUUGUAUUCUCUGCAAAUUAUGCAGCCUCAAAGUGGUGUUUGGAUGAACUGGUUCAUAUUCUUGAAUGUAGAAUAUCAAAGAAACAAAUGGUUCGGCCAAUUUUUUACAGAGUGGAUCCCUCAAACGUAAGAAACCAAAGAGGUAGUUUUGGUGAUGCACUUGCCAAUCAUGAAAGCAAUUUUAAAGGUAACAGGGAAAGAAUAGCGAGAUGGAGGGUAGCUCUUUCACAAGCAGCAAAUUUGUCAGGGUGGACUUUUCUGGACGGGUAUGAAGCAAAAUUUAUUCAUAAAAUUGUUGAUGAUAUUUCGGCUCAAGUAUUAAAACAUACCGAUUUAAAUGUGGCAAAAUACCCUGUUGGGAUAGAGUCUCGCGUAGAAGAUGUGCUCAGACUACUAGAUGUUCAAGAAAGUAAUGUUCGCAUGGUAGGGAUAUGGGGAAUUGGUGGAAUAGGCAAGACAACUAUUGCUAAAGCUGUUUACAAUUUAAUUGCCCAUAAGUUCGAAGUUAGCUGUCUUUUAACAAAUGUCAGAGAACGAUCAUUAUCAUACAAAGGUCUAGUAAACCUACAAAAUAUUCUUCUUUCUAAGAUUCCUGGGGCUAACGGAUUGAUUAGUGUGACCAAUACUGAUAGAGGAAUUAGUGUAAUUAAGAAAAGAUUUAGCCAGAAAAGAGUUCUUUUAAUUCUUGAUGAUGUGAAUCAUAUAGACCAAUUGAACGCAUUAGCUGGGGAGUCUAGUUGGUUUGGUUCACAUAGUAGAAUUAUCAUAACAACAAGAGACAAGCAUUUCCUAUCAGGUCAUCUAAUAUAUCAAGUCAAGGAAUUAAAUUAUGAAGAAGGUUUAGAGCUCUUCAAUUUUCAUGCCUUCAGAGGAGAUAGACGUGUGGAACAGUGCAGCAAACUUGCAGAUAAGAUAACACUCUAUGCUAGAGGGCUUCCUUUAGCUUUGGUCGUGUUGGGUUCACAUCUGUCUAGUAUCAGUAAAGAUCAUUGGCAAGAGCCAUUAAAUAGUUACAUAAGUACUGUUCCUAAUCAAGAGAUUCAAGAAAUUCUCAAAAUAAGUUAUGAUGCACUGGGAGAUUUAACUAAAGAAAUUUUCCUUCACAUUGCUUGUUUCUUUAAAGGUAGAAAUAAAAAUGAUGUGAUAGCAAUACUAGAAAGUUGUGAUCUCUGUCCUAAAUAUGGUAUAGAGGUACUCAUAGAGAAGGCCUUCAUAUCUAUUACUGAAGCAAAUGAUAUAUGGAUGCAUGAUCGGCUAGAAGAAAUGGGUAAAGAAAUAGUUCGUCAAGAAUCACCAACUGAGCCUGGAAAACGUAGCAGAUUGUGGUCUUAUGAAGAUAUUUACCAUGUUUUUGAGGAAAAUACAGGAACAAAUAAAGUUAAAGGCAUUAUGGUGAAAAAUUGUGGAUCGGAACAUAUAUGCUUGAGAGGUGAAAGCUUCUCAAAGUUGAAAAAUCUUCAACUGUUGAUGAUCUAUGAAGACAUUUUUCGCGGAGAUCAUGUGGAUUAUAUUUCCAAGGAGUUGAGGUUCUUUGAGUGGAAAAAGUGUCCCUUACGGUCUUUCCCAUCUAUUGAUCCAAAGAAACUUGUUUUGCUUAAGAUGGAUUGGAGUCACACAUCACUCGGGGAGGGACUCAAGAUGCAAAAUUUACUAUCUAUGGAUUUGUCAUGGUGUGGUCUCACAAAAAUUCCCAACUUAUCUGGACUUCCAAACUUAGUGGACUUGAUUCUUAAAUGGUGUUUAAAGUUAGUUGAAGUUCAUCCUUCGGUUGGAUUUCUUGAUAAGCUGGUUAAGUUGGACCUGGAGGGAUGCCAAUUCCUUACUGUUCUCCCAGGAAGAAUCAAUUUGAAAUCUUUGGAAACUCUUAGCCUGCGGUAUUGCCAUAGGCUUGAGAACUUUCCUGAAAUCUUGGGAGAGAUGAAGUCCUUAAAAUGUCUUGAUCUAGCGGAGACUGCCAUCAAAGCAUUGCCAUCAUCAAUCCGAUAUCUCAUUAAUCUCGAAAGGCUAAACUUAAGAGCAUGUGGAAAUCUUACAAAUGUACCAUGCAUCAUAUACGAGUUGCAACAUCUACAGUGUCUUGAUCUCCAGUAUUGCCAAAAAUUGGUUACAUUUCCAAGCAAGUCUGAAUCACUUCCUUCCUUGACUUCAACCAAAUCAAUGAACUUGUAUAAUUGUCAGAGACUGUGGUAUAAUGUGGCUCGUGACAUGGCAAAGAUGAAAACGAAUCUAGUGAAGGAUGAUGACCAGGUAUCGACUCUGUUGUCUCUCUGUCUCUCUUGUCAGAAGUCUGAAUUCCAGGUUGUACUUUCUGGAAGUCAAGUUCCAAAGUGGUUCAGCUGCCGUAAGGAUUUCAGUAAUCCAGACUACACCUUCACCUGUAAGUUUUGUAUUGAACUCCCUCAAAAUUUCAAAUGGGAAAACAAAGGAUUGGCACUUUGUAUUGCUGCUGAAACAUCUUUAGAUGUAACUAGAAUCAUACGUGCAAUCCACAUCAAUGAAAAAUUGAUUUACCGCAAUCCUAAUUCAGAAGACGGCCCAGUUCUUCUUCAGAUGUCGGCUCAUGUGUGGGUGUACUACAUCACAUUCCUUACAAUAAUAAGGAGGCUUAGUGAGAGUGGGUCACCGCCACCAUAUAUGUGUCGAAUCAGGUUCGAAUUUGAAUAUUAUGAUGUGGUGGGAAGCUGUGGGGUUCAUGUAGUAAUGCCACAACAUGAAGAUGUGUCUAUGGAGCUAUUGGUCCAUGAAGUUGAUGAUGAGCACUCCAGCUUCAGUGAUGAAGACUUUGAAGACGAGGAAUUGAUCCCAGAAGAUGAAGACUUGAGAAAUGCGUACUUGUCUCAAAAUGAUGACCAUCAUCACCAGAAAGCAAUGAAUCCUCGAAAGAGGAAGGUCAACUGGGUUGAACCAAAUUCUUGUCAAUAAUUUUGUGUUCCAAUCUCUCCAUUGAGGUGCUCAUGUGUUACAGAAUUCUUUUCACUGUGUUCACAAUGCAACGCGAUUGUAUAUUCUACGCGUAUAGAGUUAAUUUAGAGUUAUUAUUUUUAGGUUGAUUCAACAUGCCGACUAUAUGAUUAUAAUGGCUGUAACUUAAAGGACGUUGGUUUCUUAGAUUUUAGUCUAUGGCUACAAAUGAAAUCUUACUUAAUUGCAGUCUCUAGCUAGCUAGCUAUGAGAAACCCGGAUCGCGCGCACUAGUCAUCUUCACCUUUAAUCAACGACACAGCCCAAUUCAUUAUGCCCCGGAAUGUAUUCAAUGAAAUUUCCCAACCAAAUGCAAUCUCCUUCCUCUGUGCAUGGCAACAUUCUCCUUAGAUAAUACCUCAAAGCAGUGGGCAAGCCAGUUGAUCAUUAAAGAAUGUUCAGCA